AUGCCCAUUGAUGGGGAUGCUGGAAGUAUUGUAACCCUGGUCAGGAACAAUCUGGCACAUUAUCAAUUGUGGGCUGAUGUGGUCAUCAGUGAUCGGACAAUGGCUUGGAGAGAUCAGACGCUUUGUCUGAUCACUGGCAGGCCAACUCAGAAAUUGAGUCACGAUGACGAAGACGAGAUCGCUACUGAGUACGUUUUGCCAGUGGAGAUGUCGCAGUACAAGGGUGGCUACGUAACUCUUGAGUGUUUAGAUAAGGUAUUUGAUCAAUUGUGUCCAACUACGGCCAAGAGACUUACGUUGGCAAUAGUUAAUGAUGACGGUACGGUGGCUUUCUAUUUUGUGUACAAAGGUUUACAUAAGCCAAAGAGAAAUUGA